GCCCCUCGAUGCAUUAUCAAGAAGGUUAUGGAGGGAGAACACAAAACAGCGACACCAGACGAAGUUGAGGUGACAACGAACGGCGUGGAUACCGGAAAAGUGAUCACCGCCCAACCUAUUCCUGAAGACCCAUCGGAGCAUGAACCGGAAGUAGAAAAGAAACGAAGCAACAUGGUUGGACGAGGGGAGUACGUGCAUACCACAAAGGUCACAUCGACGAGCACACAUAGGUGGGAUGACCGCUGUGCGAGUUGUAACUGUGGUACCGGUGGUGAUGCACAAUGUUGUGAGAUUCUGUUUGCAUGUUUGCUCUGCCAUUGUAUCUUCGGAGGAGGGCAAGGCGAUGGUUGCGACGAGUGUCAGUCGGCAUGUGAGCUAUUGUCAUGAUUGUGGUGGAGACUGUGGGAACUGCGAUUGUGAUUUUAACUAACUUCGGCCCGGCUGCUAAGAGACUACGAAAGACUGUAGAAAUGGGCCAAAUGGAACAGUGGGCGGGUUGGGUAGCUGCAGUUUGGAGAUAGAGACAUACAAACAGAUGGUACAGGGAAGACGGGAAGAGAGCCUGGUAUAUAAAGAAAGACAGAGAGACAGUGACACACAGACAGACCAGAAGAGGGAGAAAGGGGAGAUGGAGAAAAAUAAAGCGGGGGAGAAGGGAGCUGAAAACAACAACAUUUGUAAUAUUGUAUUUUUUUUUAAUGAAAAAGAUUUGACUCUGUUGUAAAUAAAAGGCAGUCAUUUCGGGCAGCGAGUAAAUCAUUCUUUACAUGGUGUAUAUAUUAUGUUACAAAUUAAAAUCAAUCUGAUAUCUCUA